GCAGAGUAAUAAAAGAGGCCAAACCGGCACAGAGAGAGAGAGAGAGAGAGAGAGAGAUUCACACAUACGAAUUUCUUUUCUUUUAAAAAAUGAAGAUGAAACAGAGUGUUUCCACUGAUAUUCUCUGUUUCUUCAUUCUGUGAACCAAAUUUUGAAUAUAUUCAACCUUUUGUGUUUGUUUCAAUUCAAAGUUGAAGGCUUUGGGUCUGAUCCAUUCCAUUGGGAUCAUCUUCAUCUUCAUCAUCAUCACAUGGCUAAGCCUGGGGUCUUGGACUCUGAUCCGGAGGUGAUGGUGAAGAAGGCCAUAGAGUUGAAGAGAGAACUGCAGAGGCUUGUCAAGUCCAUUGUUGAUGAUGAGGAUUGUAGCGCUGAGACCAUUGAUCAAGCCAUGGAAUCUCUCUGUGUUCUCAAGGAGUUGAAGCUCAAAAAGAGGUCAUCACUGUCUUUGAAGCUUCAUAACAACACUGUCACUUGUUGCCCUGAUGAAUUCAAGUGUCCUCUUUCCAAGGAAUUGAUGAGAGAUCCUGUCAUUGUGGCUUCUUGUCAGACAUAUGAUAGACCUUUCAUUCAAAAAUGGCUGAAUGCUGGAAAUAGGACAUGCCCUCGAACCCAUCAAGUCCUCUCACACACUGUGCUUACACCAAAUCAACUAAUAAAGGAAAUGAUAGAACAAUGGUCUAAGAACCAAGGGAUUGAGUUGUCCAAUACUGUCAACUAUAUUGAUGAGGAAGGUCUAAAAGAAGCUGACAGAGACCAUUUUCUUUGUUUGCUUAAGAAAAUGUCUUCAACACUCUCUGAUCAGAAAGCAGCUGCUAAAGAACUUCGCUUGUUGACAAAGAAGCACCCUUGUUUCCGGGUACUAUUUUGUGAUUCUGCGGAUGCUAUUCCCCAAUUGCUUAAGCCAAUUUGUGGGAGUGAUUCUUUUAGUAGCAUUCACCCUGAUCUCCAAGAAGAUGUGAUCACAACACUUCUCAAUAUCUCUAUCCAUGACAACAACAAGAAACUAGUCGCUGAAACUCCAAUGGUAAUUCCACUCCUUAUGAAAGCAUUGAGAUCUGGAACAAUUGAAACAAGAAGCAAUGCUGCAGCAGCACUUUUCACUUUGUCAGCUCUUGAAUCAAACAAGGAACUUGUUGGUAAAUCCGGUGCCUUAAAGCCAUUAAUUGACCUCUUGGAAGAAGGGAAUCCCUUAGCAAUGAAGGAUGUUGCUUCAGCAAUUUUUAACUUAUGUGUAAUGCAUGAGAACAAGGCAAGAGCGGUUAAGGAUGGCGGGGUGAGGGUGAUUUUGACAAAGAUAAAGAAUCGGAUUCAUGUGGAUGAAUUACUGGCUAUCCUUGCUUUGCUUUCAAGUCACCAGAAGGCUGUUCAUGACAUGGGAGAGCUUGGAGCUGUUCCUAGUUUGCUAAGCAUUAUCAGAGAGAGCUCUUGCGAGCGCAACAAGGAGAAUUGUGUUGCAAUCCUUCAAACUAUUUGCCUGUAUGAUAGAUCAAAGUUGAAGGAAAUAAAAGAAGAGGAGAAUACCCACAGAACAAUCUCUGAGCUAGCACAGAAUGGAACAUCAAGGGCUAAGAGAAAAGCUAGUGGAAUUCUUGAGAGAUUGAACAGGGUUGUUAAUAUCACACACACUGCAUAAUGUGUCUUGUGCACUCUCUCUAGGUACAUUAAAUCGUAUAUUCUGCAUCUGUCUGUCUUCAGACAUUUUUAAGUUUUUCAAAGUUAAAAUCAGUCAGCAAUUCUGUCUCAUCACCAAUUUUGUACAUUCUUUUUUUCUUAACAAAGUCAUCCUCGUGUUCAUCAGU